AUGUUAGGGCGUCACAAUGUGCGCACGCCUUUAACUGAAGGCUUGGAGAUGUACUCGUCGAAACCAUGGCCGAAAUGGAACAGCACAGCUGGAGUAUUGACUGAAAAAGGACUACGUUUUGAAGGAUAUAUAGCUGAUUAUAUUUCUCAGUGGCUUGACAGUGAAGAUUUUUUCGAAGGAUGCCCGCGAAAAGAUGACGUGCUAAUCUACGCGAACACGAAAUCCAGGACUUUGGAAUCAGCGAGGGCGUUCGCUGAAUCAGCGUUUUAUAAUUGUAAUAUCAGUGUGCAACAUUACGCAAAUUUAAGCCAGUUUGACCCACUCUUCCUACCAAUAUUUCACAAUAAAACGGAAGCGUUUAAGCAGCAGAUAGCAGAAGAAAUGAAGAGACAUCUAUCAGAAAUGAAUCUGACUGAGUCCUACGCCGAACUGGGGAGGAUAUUAAACAUCCAGGAAGCAGAUAUAUGUAAAAAACUGUUCUUAUGUGAUCUGAAUAGUCAACAGACUGAAAUAGUCCUCGAAGAAGGUGAAGAACCUAAUGUGAAUGGACCACUAUACAUAGCGAAUGCUGUGGUGGACGCGUUCAUCAUGAGCUAUUAUGAAGGAAGACCAAUGACCGAAGUAGCAUGGGGCCAGAUCGAGACAGAUCAACAAUGGGACUUACUAGCAAAAAUCAUCACUGAAAAUCAGAACAUAAGGUUUAAAUUAGAAAGCGGCGCAAAAGACAUAGCAAGUCCACUCCUAAGGUAUAUGUUUAAUAUCUUCAACGAAGGAAAGCCAAAAUUCGCUCUCUUCGUAGGACACGAUUCCAAUUUGAAUUCUGUGUUGACUGCGUUAGAAUUUAAGCCGUUUGAAAGGAAACUUCAAUUUGAACCUUACCCAAUUGGUGGGAAGAUUGUUUUUCAAAAGUAUAGCGAUAAGAUGGGCCAGUAUUUGAAGGUCGAAUACAUAUAUCCUUCUACUAAACAGUUGAGGGGUGGUGACGAACUAUCGUCAAAUAAUGCACCGCAGCGAAUUUUAUUGGAAUUAAAAGGGUGUCCUACAUCACCUACUGGAUACUGUCCAUGGAUCUUAUUAGAGCUCAUCAUCAACUCAUUUCAUGCGCAACACAUUACCACUCCAGGCCAGGCCAGGACCCCUCCCGAAACCAGUGGGACUCGCGUUCCUAAGGUACUUGAUGAGCGACGACCUCUCCGCCGACACGCGACGGCGCGGCGUGUAGGUGGUGGUGAUGUGGGCGGGGAGAAGUACUCGUCACUCGAACUCGCUAGUGGCCUUUAG